CAGAAGAACAGCAAUAACAAACCUGUGGACCGUAGCCUCCACUGCUAUGAAUAUGACUCUACUCGUGAGGCUGCUGGGAGCCGCGCUCUGCUUUGUGACGGUCUCCUCUGAAGUCUUACCCCAGGCAGACUUCAAUGCACAGAGGGUAAGAAAAAAAGCAAGGGUAACAACCACUAAAUUUUACUCAAGGCGCCUGCUAGAGAUCUUACAGAAUCAAAGAUAUUUAAGUGUGAAUAUAAGAUGUCAAGGCAUAUUUUUUUUAGGUAUAUGCAAAUAUCUACUUAACUUAGUAGAUGAGAAAUGUUGGACUUUGGCUGAUGUAAACUUCUCCAUUCAACUUGCCUGUUUAAAAAAUAAACAUAUAUCUGAAGUGGUGUAUACAUGCAAUAGAUUUCUAUGAGUCAUAUUUGGAAACCCAUUGGACUGGAACUUAAUCAUCUGAAGGUUUUUAUGAAUGUUUCUGCUAUGUUACAGGAUUAAUGAGAAUACUGCUGUGGUUGGUAUUUUGACGAUAACACUUCAGUUAUUCUGACUAUGUUCAUUUUCCUUUACUGUGGUUGCACCGCAGAUGGCAGGGAAAUGGUACCUGGUUGGAUUUGCCACCAAUGCUGAAUGGUUUGUCAACCACAAGGACGACAUGAAGAUGGGCACGGCCAUGUUCACCCCAAAUGGAAACGGGGACCUGGACAUUUCAUACACCAGUCCCAAGUGAGUUUAGAGCAAAGAAUAUUUUCACUGAAAAGAUAUUUUAAAAAAAACACAUUGUUUUUCCUUUUUUCAGUGCUGAUGGUUCUUGCUUUAGAAUGAACAACCUGGCCAAGAAGGCUGACAUGCCUGGAAGGUUCACGUACGCAAGUGAGCAUGACUGCACCCACACAUAAAUAUUCACACUGUUCACUGUUUGGUUUGUUUGUUUUUGUACCUUACUUACUUUGCCCUCUUUACCUAUUAGGUUGGGACAAUCAGAAUGAUAUGCGCAUGGUUGAGGUGAAAUAUGACGAGUACGCUCUGGCUCACACCAUCAAGUCCAAGGCUGGUGAACACACCGUCGUCAACAAACUUUAUGGUAACAUCACAGUUUUUCCCGAGGCUUAACUCUUAGUGAAAUAGUGAUGAAUGUUGUAGCGUUUUCAUGUGAUGUGGUCUGACAGGCCGUGGAGCGGACCUCAGUGCUGAUCAGCUGGGGAAGUUCAGACAGUUCUCACUGGAGACUGGCGUCCUACCCGCAAAUAUUGCCAUCCUUCCCAAUAAUGGUACUUACAUUAUCAAUGGAAGGGUUUUACGUUGAAUUAAUCCUUGACUGGUACAGAUUUUAUUCCUAAACACUUGUUUUUAUUCUUCCUGUUUAGGAGAGUGCUCAGCUGCCUAG